UUAAAUUUAGCUGUACAAUGAAAGACCAUUCUAUAAUUUUUUUGGGGUCGGAACCUUCGAAGGACAAAGAUUCCGUAACGCGCACCCUGUCUUAUUUCACAAUGCCUGUGGACGAUCUGCCAAAACGGAUAUUGCUAUCGUUCACUCCGCCGCUGCAUUCUAGAUUUGUAUACGUUGACUUCUUGGGGCCGUGUUUGGCGUUCAUACUGUUGGCCACGAUACUCGGCUACGGACAUGCAUACAAGACACCAUCAGCCAUUUAUCACAGAUCGCCCACCGAAGUGUUGUCCGUCUAUUGUCUAACGAUGCCAGCGAUUUGUUAUGUAUUAACCCGUUUAGGAAAGUCUAGUAUAUCUUUUUUGCAGAUAUUGUCAUUAUUAGGAUACGGUCUUUAUGGUUAUGUAUUCACGCUUGUCAUUAGUUUUAUAUCAGAUGAAACGAAUAAUGUAAUAUUUUAUUUGGCCUUGAUACUGUUUACCGGCACUAGUGUUUUUAGAACAUGUCUUAUAAUAUUGUUAACAAUUAAAUUACCUGUUAUCAGGCUGUUAGUUUGUAGUGUCAUCGCCAUUUUACAAACACUGUUUGCUGUAUUUUUGUAUUUUACAUUUGUCCAUUCAAGCUUUGCGUUUCGCAAACACUAGAUAUCUCAAAUUGUACAUAAUUAUUUGUUGAUUAGGUUUAAAUACUAAAUAAAUUAAUGUGCACAUUUAAAGUCAUUUUAUUUUAUUUUUUUAUCAUAAUUAUAAGAAAAAAUAUUGUUACAAAUGCAAUUAGUCUCCCAAGUAUUGUAAAUGUCUUCAUCGCAUUAUUAACAGUGUCAAUAUUAUUCUUUAAUGUUGUAACACCGUAAACACGAAUUAUCUUUUGAAAUUUCAUUGAUACACAUAAAUAAAAGUUAUCAUCAUACACAGA